GGCAGAUAAGAGGAGAAACUCACCACAACAAUGAAGGAAAAGGACUGACAGUAUUCCAUAGAUUUAGUCAAACUGCUUGAGUUUGGCUUAGAUUUAUGCCAGUAGAACCUGUCCUUACCAAAUUCAGAGAUGACCCAAGAUUCUACUCUGUGGUAUGGGGGAAAGACAUCUCGAUAUUUAUAUCAACGGCUUUACCGCAAGAGCGUCUACACCGCCCCCCGUUUCCUGUAGAAAAGACAGCUUUGCUCCUUUGAAAGCGCGGACUGCAGCACCUCCAGCCCCUUCUCCCCGCGGAACUCGCCCCGCGAAGGUUGUGGGAAGGUGGUGGGGCGGGGACUGCAGCCGCUUCUGAUUGGCGUUGCCCCAAGGAAGCCCGCGCAGAUUGGUUGGCGGCAGGACCCCCAACAGAGCCUGCCAUGCGGAUUGGCUGCUACGCAGCUGGACCCUGUUUCCGGUACCUGGGCGGGUAGCUAUGGUGACUGGCAGGCGGGAUGCGAAGCCGCCUCUGUGGCAGGUGGAGGCCCGCUUGGGUGCACUGCUUCCCGACCUACUGGUCUUUCGGAAGCCCCGGAGAUCGGAACCCGAGCUCGCCACGGCCCAGGGAGUCCUCCUAGGCGUCCAUGUGACGGGUGAGGGCGAUGGCCGGCACUUCAGCCUCCUGGCCUGCGGGAGAGGCGGCCGUUGGGUCUAAGCCCCUGGAGGCCGCGACGGUUACAAACCUAGCCUCCCGCGAGCUAAGGCACAGUUUAGCUUCGUCCCGCGGCUUCCGCAGGAAACUUUGAGAGUCUUCGUUUUAGCGUGGGAAGACAUCUUUUGGGAUGAACCAGCUCAGCCCUUGAGCUCACCUCAAAGAUGAUGAAAUUGAAACUCAGAGGAAAGGAUUUUUACAGGACCCCGCAGCGGGCUUUGAACCCGUGUCUCCCAACCCCGAGCAUUUUCUAUUAAGCUUUCUGUUUCAGUUAUUUUAUUCUUUCAAUUAAUUCAUUCUUGGCGUCGUUAAGUAUGUGCUCGCCAUUGUUCUGGCCGUAGCUAUCUAGCAGCCACUCCUAGAGACGUUCGUUUAACAAAUACUUAUUCUGUGUCAGGGAUAUGAAGAUGGGUAAUACCAGGGUUUACAGCAUUAAUGGACAGGUUCAGCCUGACCUGCAAGUCGGAACGUGACAUGGACAAACUGGCCCACAUCUUCAGUUAUUACAUUAGUGACAUCGUGGAGCGUUCAACAGACAGGAGUUGCCAAUACAUUAAAUUUCAGUGGGAAGUGGUGAGAAAAAGGACUCAGUUUUUUGGCUUUCAUAAAUGAGUUGAUCAUGCCAUUUACCAAGACAGGAAAGACUGAACAUUGAGAAAGAAAAUCAAGAAUUCUGUUUUGAAUAUGUUGAGUUUGAGAUGCCAGUAAGUCUUUCAAGUGGAGAAUGAGUCCAUUCAAUUGGAGAAUCCACCUAUGAUUGAGCCUGGAGCUCAGAGAAGAGAUCCCUGUUAGAGAUGAAAAUAUGUUCUCUGUUUUGGAGGGGAUAUCUUAAAUAUCACAGGUCUGUCUGCAGGUCGGAUUUCCCAGGUUAUUGUUGGAGAUGAGCGGCAGCAACACCUCUUGGUGAUUGGGCAGGAUGUAGAUGAUGUCCGGUUAGCUCAGCAUUUGGCUCAGGCAAAUGAGAUUGUCCUAUCCUGGAACUGCUGGAUGCUCUGCGAGCAGUAUAUGUUUGAAGUGGAAAUCAUGAGGGAGGAUGAAGCUGUGAAGUUAAGAGAUAUGCGGAUCAUUGACCCAUUUGAUUUUGAUGAGCAUUUUGACAAGUGCCUCAAUUAUCUACCACAUUACCGUACAAGUGCUGAGACUCUAAGAACUGCACUGGAAUUGGAUCCACACUCUGAACUUGACCAAAAGCUGCGGAAACACAUAAUGAAAAACCUUUUGAAGAAGAUUGAUGAAGGCCAGCCUGUAGAGUAUGUAUCUGAAUUCCGUACGGUGACUCUGGUUUUGGUCAGCCUAGAGUUCCACAAGACAGCUUGGAUGUUGCAUUUGUGUCAUCUUAUCCAGGAGUCUGCCUUAUACAUCUCCACAGUCAUUGAGAAAGGGGGUGGCCAGCUGAGUCGGAUCUUUAUGUUUGAGAAAGGCUGCAUGUUCCUCUGUGUUUUCGGCCUUCCUGGUGAUAAGAAGCCAGACGAGUGUGCACAUGCCCUGGAGAGCUCCUUCAGCAUCUUUAGCUUCUGUUGGGAGAAUCCUGCUAAGACCAAACUUGUUUCCAUCAGUAUCACCAAUGGACCAGUAUUCUGUGGCGUGGUUGGAGCAGUAGCAAGACACGAAUAUACAGUUAUUGGUCCAAAAGUGAGUCUUGCGGCCAGAAUGAUAACUGCUUAUCCAGGUUUGGUGUCCUGUGAUGAGAUAACAUAUCUAAGAUCCAUGCUACCUGCUUACAACUUCAAGAAACUCCCAGAGAAAAUGAUGAAAAACAUCUCCAACCCAGGGAAGAUAUAUGAAUAUCUUGGCCACAGAAGAUGUAUAAUGUUUGGAAAAAGACAUUUGGCAAGAAAGAGAAACAAAAAUCGCCCUUUGUUAGACCGGGAGAAAGAAUUGGAAGCCUUCCAAAUGGCACAGCAAAGGUGUUUGCACCAGAAGAAGGGACAAGCAGUUCUGUAUGAAGGUGGAAGAGGCUAUGGAAAAAGCCAGCUGUUGGCUGAAAUAAACUUCCUGACACAGAAGGAAGGGCAUAGGGUGUUGCCAUUGAUGCUGAAGGAAGCAGAUUCCAAGCAGUGCUUCUAUGCCAUCCAGACCCUCAUGGCCAUCUUCUUUGAGAUUGAUACAUGCCCAGCCUGUUACCGGCAAGAGUGCCUACAAAGACACCUUCGUGGGAUAGUGGAAGAACAACUUCACUGCCUUUUUAAUGACCUCUUAUUUGUGAAGGCAGCGAGGGAAACACCACUGAUUUUCCUCAUUGAUGAGGCCCAGUAUAUGGAUGCAGCUUCCUGGGAGUUUUUGGAAACAUUGCUCUACAGUAUGCCCAUCAUCAUGGUGAUGACGUUGACCCCUAUCUUCACUCUGUGUGGCUGGGCCCAGCAUUUCCUGCACAGCCCUCAAGCUAUCCUUAUGCCUAUUUCGAAGUUGGCAACAACCUCGCUGUUAAGAAUGGCAUGUUGGGAACUAGGGGUGGUGAGCAUCCCCCAAGAGCUGCAGAUCUACCUUCACAGGUGCUUUGGAAAUCCCCUUUAUUGUGAGGUCCUAUGCCAGGACCUUCUCUCUAAGGACAUGUUGCUCUUUCAUGACCUACAAAAAGAGGAAGAGGAAAACAGCAAGUGGGAAACCCUCUCAGCCAAUGCCAUGAAAUCCAUAAAGUAUAGUAUUUUUCCUGCCAACUCUGAAGAAGACCAGGAACUUUAUGUCUGCACAGUCAAGGAUGAUGUGAACUUGGAUACAGUACUUCUACCACCCUUUCUGAAAGAAAUAGCAGUAGCCAACUGGAUCAACUGAGCCCAGAGGAACAGUUGCUGGUCAUGUGUGCUGCAAUCAUUGGUCACUCCUUCCAUAUAGAUUUGCUGCAGCACCUCCUGCCUGGCUGGGAUAAAAAUAAGCUACUUCAGGUGUUGAGAGCUCUUGUGGAUAUACAUGUGCUCUGCUGGCCCGACAAGAGCCAAGAGCUUCCUGCUGAACCCAUAUUAGUGCCUUCCUCUAUCGACAUAAUUGAUGAAACCAAAGAGAAGAAAACAAAGUUAGAUGGUGGUUCAGCCUCUCUUCUCAGGCUAAAAGAAGAAUGAUCCCUACCUCAAACUGAGGUGUUGGAAUUUGGAGUGCCUCUACUACGGGCAGCUGCUUGGGAGCUCUGGCCCAAGGAACAACAGAUAGCUCUACACCUCGAAUGUGCCUGCUUUCUCCAAGUUUUGGCCUGCCGCUGUGGGAGCUGCCAUGGAGGAGACUUUGUCCCCUUUCAUCGUUUUGCAGUUUGUUCUACUAAGAAUUCCAAGGGGACCUCUCGAUUCUGUACUUACAGAGAUACUAGCUCAGUGCUAACACAAGUGAUCACAGAAAAAUUGCAGCUGCCUUCUCCCCAAGAUAGUUUUCCAUUCCAGAUGAAACCAUCCAGAACUCAGGAGGCCUUCUCAAGUGAAUGCUGCAGGUAGGCAGAGAUGCUGAGGGUGAACAUGGAGGGACCAAAAGUGACAGAAAGAUGACCAUUAAACUGAGCCACUCACGUCACUUGCAGUUGAGGAGUGGUGACUCUUGUACUAAGCCCAGUAUUAAGGUUAACAGAGAAGAUUUGGAAAGGCAAUUUUUGAUUCUCUAU